AUGACCUUGUGGAGCUCUUACAAGGCUCUUUCUCCAAAGACUCGCGCUGUCAUCGGUGUGGCGCUGAUGCUCAAUGCGUCGGCAAUGCUGUUGUUCUCCGACCAAAUCGAAGCGUCCCUGGGUUUGACCCCGCCUCCUGACGAUCGACAGAAGGUUUUCAAGGUGUACAGCGUGGAGCGGGAGACGAAGGGGUGA